UAACUUAUCAAUGCAAUGGAAAAGAUUGAAACAACAGAGUUUAGUCAUUUUUUGCUGGCAUCACAAUUUUGUGCAAUUUCUUAUCAGUCGUCUAGUAGCUCUCAAUCGUUUCGGAAGAUGAAAUUUAAGUACUUGGUGUUGGUUUCGAUUUUAAUUGUUGCCUUCGGAGUGUGGUGGGGUAAAAGCAAAAACGAUCCUCUGGUAAUACAAAUAACCAAUGGUCAACUGCGGGGCAAAGAUCAUGAUGAGUAUUACAGCUAUGAGUCGAUACCUUAUGCUGAAACACCCUCAGGAAAGCUGAGGUUUGAAGCCCCACAGCCUUAUGUGAGAAAAUGGCAUGAAGUAUUCGAUGCCAGUGUACCACCCAAGCCGUGCAUGCAAUGGGAUCAAUUUCAAGAUAAACCAGAUAAACUUACUGGCAUCGAGGAUUGCCUAACAGUCAAUAUUUACAAACCCAAAACUGGUAAAAGCAAUUAUCCGGUAAUGGUUUAUCUACAUGGUGGCUGCUUUAUGUUUGGCGAUGUAAACUUUUAUCACCCGAACUAUUUAAUGGAAAAUGGCAAUAUCAUAUUGGUCAAGGUGGUCUAUCGCCUGGGCCCCUUGGGUUUCUUGAGCACAGAGGAUGAGGUUAUUUCGGGAAACUUUGGUCUGAAAGAUCAACGUUUGGCUUUGAAAUGGCUGCAAGAGAAUAUAGCCCAAUUUGGGGGAGAUCCCAAGAAGAUAAUGCUUACUGGAUUCUCGGCAGGAGGAGCCUCGACGCACUUACAAAUGCUGCACACCCAAUCUAAGGGUGUCAUAAAAACCGCUGUCUCCUUUAGUGGUGUCGCCCUAAAUCCCUGGGUUAUCAACAGAAAUGCUCGCGAGAAUGCCUUCAAAUUAGCUGCAGUUAUGAAAUGUCCCAAAACUGAGAACUCCCUAGAAAUCAAAAAGUGUCUGCAACAAAAACCUGCUGAGGAUAUAGUUUCAAGUGUUAAACAUUUCCAGAAUAUUGGCUAUAAUCCUUUCACAACUUUUGGUCCUGUGGUGGAGCAUGAGAAGGCGCCUCAAGCCUUUUUGACUCAACAUCCCAGGGACAUAAUAAAAUCGGGAAAUUUCAAUCAUAUACCAUACCUUGCUGCUGUUACCGCUGAAGAUGGUGGCUACAAUGCCGCUGAGCUAUUGCAAAUUAAUCCCAAAACCGGUCAGGAGUAUAUUUAUCUGUUAAAUGAUCACUGGCCAGACUUGGCUGCCAAGAAUCUAUUUUUAAACAACUUCAAAGAUCAUCCAGUGGAAUAUGCCAAAGCUUUGAGGGAAAAAUAUAUGGGCGAUAAGAAAUUCUCUGUGGAAAAUUAUUUGGAGCUACAGAAAAUGUACACGGAUGUUCUAUUUAAGGAUGGCCUUGUGGAAACAUUGCAACUACACAGCCAACACUCAAAGACACCCAUCUUCAGUUAUGUCUAUGACAAUCCAGCUGAUGAAAGUGCAGGCGUUGCACUCAGUGGCAGGAAGGACAUAAAAUUUGGUACCAACCAUUUAGAUGAUUUGUCCUUGAUUAUGCAUUACCCCAUACGUAGUGCUCCCAGGCCAGAUGAGAAAAUUAUCUCCAAGAAAUUUAUCGAUAUGUUGGUAAAUUUUGUGGAAACAGAGAAACUAGCAUUUGGAGAUUGUGAAUUUGAAAAGAACAAUGCGAACAAUGCGGACAAUGGUGAUGGAGUUAAGAUCUUGUGGAUAGGCAAAGACAAAUGCAAAACUAUAGUAGAGUAAAAAAAUAAUAUUUGUACUCGUAGUUAUUUACUCCUGUAAAGGUGACUGUGUCUAGUUUCUCUGUUAUUGAGAUUGUAAAAAUAGAUGUUCGGCUGAUUAAUAUUUAAAUAAACAUAAAAAACAAUUAAA